GGUCUGGUAAUAGCGCCGCGUGCGGUAGUGUACGCGCAACCGGCGAAUCAGGGAAAGGUUGUUCUCAUUAUUAUCAUACAAUGACGUCACACAAGUUCACGUGCCUGCCCUUCCGGCAGAUUGCCCAACUUGCACCGGAAAAUCCGUAUUCCGGGAAAGUCCUCCACGGUCCGUCACAUGAUGAGAUAAUUCUGAUUCAGGUGUGCCACAAGGCCAUUCAAAUAGAAAUGUUCGUUUCCCAUAUUCAGGUUCACGAACAUGCUCUUGCUUUUUUCUGGAUCGGUUGCGUUUUUAAAUUUUGACACGGGGGAACUACGAACUAUAAAACAUGUUCCUCUUAGAUUGUGAGCCGAUUUUUUACCGGAGGUGUUUGUCUUAUGGAGCAAUUUGGUCACUUAUGUUCUUCUUCUUGUAAAAAACAAUUGUCCAAGCAAAUUGUUGGAAACAAAAAGGAGAGAUCGAGUGAUGGUAAACGAGAUCUUAUUUUGAAAGAGCCAUGAGUCAUACAUCGCUUGACGAAAUGUACAUAACAAAUAUAUACAUGUACAUUGUACAUUAUUGCCUUGCUUUUUGUACACAUAAUCAGAUUUAGAAUUUUUCAUUAAAUAUUGUUUGAUUGUAAACAAACUUUUAAGUGCUGUCACCGAACACCUGAAAACACCGAAUACCUGUUUUUCAUUUUCAUCUGUGUACAGUUAUACAUGUAUAUAUGUAAAAAAAAAAAAAAAAAAAAAUCGAUAUUAGAAUAUUAUUUUCAUUUUCACCUGUGUACAAGAAUAAUGUGUACAUAUGUAAAAUCAAAUAAGUUUCUAACUAUUAGAUUGGAAAUAAUGUCUUAUUCUUUUUGGUGAUGACGCAUGUACUUUUUAAUCUAGUAGUGGGACUUGUUUUAAUUAUAAAAGUGCACUUCUAUAUUUUUAGAUCACAAUGGGUGUUUUAAAUAUUACUAUAUUUUUUUAUGAAUUGUAGACUGCAUGCACGUAAGAUGAAGAGCUUCUUUCCUAUUAUUUUUUUUAUCCCGAACCAGAAGCCUCAAAGUUGAAAACUGCCACUCAAACCAUAUCUGUCUUUGUUCGUAUGUUAUUUCCACAUCAACCAUAGGGCAAGGAACAUGAACCUGUACUUUCACAUAAAAACAAAGAGUUACAGGGCUAUCAGCUUCGGUCCAAAAAGGCCACUGGUUUCAAAAUGAGCAAAAGGAGCAAUGCUCAUAGCAAUUUUUUGUCGCAAGGUAUGAACAUCUAGAGUUGAAAAAUGUGUGAUAGAUAAUCAGGGUGAGCGUUGGCAGUUUUUGUGGUUUUAUCACUUUUAUUUUAUUUUGUUUUUUCAAAAUGGCCGCCAAUAAGUUGUUACCGGAUUUAUUAUAUGUGGUAAGAAGCAUGUUUCGACCGAUCAUUUUUACAAAAAAAAAAGGUGAUAGCAAAAAGCUGCCACCGCUGCAAUGCUAUUUCCAACUACACAGGGUGGAUACCUUGCCAAAAUCAAUGAGCAUUAUUCCCUCAGGCUGAUUUGAUACCGACCAAACCCCCAAAUUGCAGAAAGCCAUAUUAUACACGGGGAACUAAAUAAGUGAAUUUAUAUUCCCUCGUUGGCCGAUAGCCUGUUCUAUUUUUAUGUCAACUUUCAUUUUCGCUCAUCGAUGCGUUGCAUUCAUCAGUCACGUGCGUACACGCCCACAUGGCAUCGCAAGUAUCAUGUGACUCUAGUUGACUCUGGCUGACCCCACCGAGUGAUGACGUCAUGCGGGGGUUCCCCGCUAAAUCCUCGCCGCGCGAAUGACCUUGAAGCGUUGUUAACGCAAUAAGAAGCAAGAUAGGCAUUUGUGUACACUACACACGGCACUAGCGACCGGAUAUACGCCGCUGUUUUCCAAGAGCUCGUUCAGCAGCAGUAUCACCAUGGUAUCACCGUGUGCUGAGGUCGUUGAUAUCUGGCCUCUGAACCUGACGUGUGGUUUGGCACGUCCCUGACACAUGCGCUCAAACAUCAACAUAAAAUUUCCACUUGCCACGCUGGUCGCGUCGGGCUACCACGGCGCAACAUUCCACUAUCCUCCUUCGUUCAGCCGUGCGACAAAAGGAACAAACAAUCUAACAAAACACGGGGAUUUUCGUCGACACUAGACUGGAUAUAACGAAAUCAUGGACAUGGCCAGGCUUCUUCUGGCCUGGCCAUCUGUGUACUUCCUUUCUCUCUGAGACGUGGGGUGCCGGUGGGAGGAUCGUCUCAAGAUCAGCCAUGCUCUCAUCAUCACCGGCGACUGACUCGACUCCGGAUCCCAAGACCCCACCGACGCUGGGUGAGACGGCCUACCGGACACUGCCCAACUUUUACCGUACCACCAUCCAACUGUCCACGCUGCUGGACGUGGAACAACCGUUGGGACAUGACUACCGCGCGGUCUUGGAAGAACUCGGCUUUCAACCGGAAGAGGUGAGAUUUUGGGGUUGCAAAUGCAAGCGGCCGACCUUGGAGGCAUUAGUAGAAUGGGACGGUACGGUCCAAGAACUUGCCGAUGCGCUUCGGGUGUGUGAGCGGUACGACGCCCUCAGCGUAUUGGUACAGUCACUGGUACAGAUAGUACAACAGGCACACAAACAAACAGAUCGAACAGGGACCAACAUCUUGACCCGAGACGUUUUUCCGUCGAACUCGUUCCCAGAGCUCCAGCCCUCGACUCUAAGAUGGGCAGACCCUGGCACAUGCGCAGAAACAUUCCUCCCGGAGUAUAAACAAAGACCCGAUGUUUUGAAUGAUGCAACUUCGCGUACGUCAUCACUGUCAGAUAAACUUUCCCCCGACUCUGUUUUCGGUGGAGUCACAACAGAACUUAAUCCCUCCCCGGAAUCCCUUAAUCCAGCUAGAGGAUUAUCCACGCACCGUGUUUGCACAAGCGAGUCGCCGUCGAUAGCGAGCAAAACACGGGGACCAGCCGAUGUGGAUGCGCUGCUGGCGGCGCACUUUGAGAUUCCCGUCCAAGUUGUGGCCACGUGUCUAUCGUCUUCAAAGGGUCGUAAGACUACCGAGUUUGUGUGCAACCUGGUGGCCUCCGCCGCCAGCCGUUGCCGUUGCAUCUCUAAUUCUGGAGACCUCACGUGGAUCUCCAACACCACCGUCUACGUUAACAACUUUGCGCGCCUUCUACUCUUGCUCGUAGCCUUCUUGAACGCGGUCACGUGCGUCUUUGGCCCCACCCAUACGCCCGCUUACGUCAUGGAGCUCAUCAUAGCCGCCGUUCCAGUCGCCCAGUCGCUGUACGUCGACCAGAACCUACCUGUCUACCGCGACUUAAUACGGAAGAUCAAGGAAGUGGAGGCUGGAAUGAGGCUCAUCACCAAUUGUCUCGAGCGGGCCCCGGGAAAAUCGCUCACCAGCGAAAGUAACAGACUAACAGAACUGGACGCAAGGAAAAGGAAAUUUGAGCAUUUGAAAUCCCAAGUUUUGCCAGUCUACAGCGAUAUCAGACUUUGUAUUAUCAGCACUUUGGUUGUGGAAGUUUCGCUUAUAUUUUUGCUCCUCUUCGUAGGGCUAAUGUGCUACACGGGCCAGGAGAUCCUGGCCAAGUUUGGAGAUGGCUUCACUUUGAUGGCGUUAGCGCUGAUGUGCAUAGACUGCGCCUAUAACUUUGCCAUUGUGGCCGUGUACUACCACGAUAGGACGAUUGAGACUGUGCUACACAAGGAUCGGUUCCGUGUAAACGCUGACCUGUUGCGUCAGGAAUCGGACUCCGUAUAGUAUAGCCGAAAUUUGGGCUACGCCCUAGAGAUAAACAUUCUUCAAAACAAAGUGCAAUAACACUCAUUAUUUCAUCAUCAUAAUUAUUCUAGCAUAAACAAUACGUCAUUAGAACAAGAACACCGGUUGAUCAGCCGGAAGAAAUCUUGUGAAGGAAACGCAAAGGAUUGUGUGCGAACCUGAUUGGUGCGUGUAUUUUUGAAAAUUAAUGUUCACCAUUCGGUUGACUAUCUGCGAUCUGUUUUUCUGAUCUUGCCCGGACAUUAAUUGUCGGCGCUUGAAAAUCAACCCCACAACUACGCACUCUGUCGGCGACAUAGGCCUAUUCACCUGUUCGCAAGACAUAAUCGCAUCCAUCCCGUCUGCAAAAAGCAAGGCUUACGCCCCUACUAACCAAAUUUUUAACUUGAAGCCAAGGAUGGCAAAUUCGUAGAAAGCAGCUUACAGUCGUUACAUUUAUUUGGAACGCGCCUACACCCCCGUCACCCCAACCCCAAACCCUCAACCAUGUUUGGUUGACUUUCAAUGGUCACGCGCACGAUCAACAUUGAACAGGAACGCGAGAGAUCAGUGGGGUCUUCUUGUGGUUAAUAGUUAUAUUGUAAACAGUGUAUGUUUGCUUAAAAUUGUAUUUGAUUUUUUUUAACUGCAGGGCAGACCAGUUUGAUAAGAACUGUAAAUUAUGUGUCAAUAUUUGGUUAGAUUGUUUUGAACUUAUUCAUCCGACUCGGUGAACAACAAUCUGGAAAUAAUUUACAAUUCCAAAAUCCGGCUUUGCAAAUGGAAUUGGACAAGUGUAUGUCCGGGUCACCGGACGGGAAACAGUAAUAAAAACGCGGGAAAGAAAAUGACAAAGCGGCCUCGCCAGAGAUUGUCAGGGAGAAAAUCACCGUGCAAUGUCGGUCAGCAACAGAGCAUCUUGAAGUUGCGUUCUGGAAUUAUCAUCGUAAACAAUCGGCCAAAUUAAUUGGUGUCGACGCUGACUAAAUUGGUUCAUGUACCCAACACAUUGUAGGAACUUGAUAAGUUCUCAAGUUUCUACAAGUAAAUUAAGCCAAAGUUGGCUUAAUUUACUUGAAGAAACUUGAGAACUUAUCUUUCGAUAUAAAACAAGCAAGGCAGAGGGCGACUAGGCUUUGUCCCCCUUUUAAUAUAAACCACUUUCGGUUUUCCAAUGAUUCUUACUCAUGUUUAACCACACUUUCUGACGACCUCGGUUUAAUAAGAAAAAGUGACCUUUUAUCAGUUCCUCGAUUCUCUCAGCCACCGAUAUUUAUAGACAUGCGGAACUAAUCAGAAAGGGAAGGUAUUACUUGGUACUCCGAGGAAAUAUCAUCAUAGCAUAAUGGAUUAUGUUUAGACAAGGGAAAGUGGUCGGGGAAACACCGUCGUCUAUAUUCAAGGCGCGAAAUGUUAUUGACCGUGCAGAACCCCUGCUGCGGAUUGCUCCCAAAUGCAGAUGGAUGCCCAACUGCAAAUCGAUACACGCUUGGGCUCACAGCUAUUUCAUUGCUGAUGAAAACUUCAAUAAACGACACAAAUAUACACCUACAAACAAUGAAUGAGUAAAAAUUUCAAUUUAUACAUGUACAAUGUACUUUUAAAUUAAAUCCAGGUUAGGUCUACUUUGACCCUUUGAAUUUCGGAGUUACGAGAUACCAAAAGACAGAAUGCCAAAGGGUUAUUCAGCUGUGUUCAAAGCACUGUCCAUAAAGCCUGUACAAAAAUGGAUUGUGUUUGAAACAAUACCCCAAACCAAAUCAUCACAAGUCUUUUGGGGAAAUAUACAUAGUUGUUGGCAAUACACAUCUAGGUUUUGACUAAUUCGUUAUUCCAUCAAUAUGGAGACCUACACCCACGCUUUUUAGGAAGUGGGGAAAAUGAGGGAAGUUAUAUUACAAGGAUAAGUCAGUUUCCCAUGAGUGUGAUUAGCAAAUCUAUUUCUGGAGUCCUAAAAUAAUGGCCUAAUAUGGGGUCAGUUUGGCAGACAAAACGAUUACUGUGCAAAUUGAAGAUCAGAAUGAUCAUUCCUACCAGGCUGACUGUAACUUCAUGAUAGUUGUUUGGGCAUUCCUUUGCUUAAAAAAAUAUUCAGUGUGUUAUGUAAAAUUCUCUGGUACUAUUUGUUAACUGCUCUUGAAUUCAUGCAGUAUUUGCUCAUAUUGUUUUGUAUUAUAGUGAAAUAUAACACGAUUCUAACAUUUGGUAAAACUCAGGUAUAUACCAACACAUUGAAUAUAAACGAAGUAUUUUAUUGCAGCAUUAAAAUGUCCUGUUGUUGUUAACUACAAAUAAUGAAUUGUUUACAUAUGUUAAUACAAUGUUUGCAGGUUUUAUAUAUGUUGAGAUUUUUUUUCCCAACUUGGAAAUGAUUGUAAAAUAAUGCCAUCAAGUAUUAAGACAGAAUUUAUGUUUGAAUUUGAGCCAAAACAAAACCACAGAAUCAGAUGCACCCCUUUUCAACUUAAACAUGAUGACGUCAUAUUUUUAUCCACGAGUCAAAA